AUUUCUCUUUUGUUUGUUCAUAAGAUCUACUCGUUAUCGUUUUAUAUCAUUGAUCAUUUGGGAUUUGCGUGUUGUUUCUCACUCGAUCUGAUUAGUAUCAUUGAUAGAAUUGAUAGAUCUAUUGUUUCGUGGUUCAAUAUUGAUAGAUCUGAGGAUUCUGAUCAAGUUUUGAACAAAACUUUUCACAUUCUUGUCGAUUACGUUACUAGAUUGCUUGAUCCGAAAGUUCCUUGUGUUCGUGUGAUUCGAUCUGUUACUAGAACCGUAGAUCAAGUUUUGUUUAAUCUCAAAUCAUCACCUGUUGAUUCUCGAAUCCUUUUCUGAUAAAUCUGAGUUGAUUGUUUCAAUAAAAUCGAUUUGAAUUCCUUACUUGUUGAUCACGGUAUUGAUUUGCCGCGUUGCUUGAGAUUUGUUUGAUUGUUUCCGAUUGUUUCUUUCAUUGAAUCUCGAAUCAUAAAUCAAAUUGCCCGUGGAACUACUUACUUGUUUCAGUCUUUUGUGUGUAACAGAAAACAAUGGGAACUGAAGAAGAUGAUGCAACGUAUAUGAGAAGAAACAAACUCCUACAAGAAGCUAUCACCAAACAAGUAAUGGAAGACUUGGUAAAGUUGCUGGAUGAGAGAUACGAUCAGAGAGCCCCUGGUAGACAAGACCAAACGACUGAUCAUCAGCAAGCACCUAGGAGGAAUGGACGUGAACGACAAGAGCAUGCUGGUUCACAAGAAACUGAUAACUUUUAUGAAAGAGAUAGGGCACGGCACAGCUCAGCUUCUAGACAUAGCUCUUCCUCUAGACACAGCAGUAGAAGAUCUAGACGUGACCAUGAAGGGCGUAGGUAUCAAAGAGAUGAGCUUGCUGGAGUUAAGAUCAAGAUACCUCCUUUCCAUGGCAAAGCCGAUCCUGAUGCUUAUCUAGAAUGGGAGAAGAAGAUUGAUCUAGUCUUCAAUUGUCGGCGUUAUUCAGAAGCUAAGAAGAUUCAAAUUGCUGUUACUGAGUUCUAUGAUUAUGCUUUGAGUUGGUGGGAUCAACUAGUCACCAAUAGAAGGCGCAAUGGGGAAUUUCCUGUUGAGACUUGGGCAGAAAUGAAGGCUCUCAUGCGCAAGAGAUUUGUACCUAGCCAUUACCACCGGGAUCUCCAUCAGAAGCUAAGAAAACUCACGCAAGGCUCACGGACAGUCGAAGAAUACUAUCAGGAGAUGGAGUUGUUGAUGUUAAGAGCUUGCAUAUCUGAGGAUAGAGAAGCUACUAUGGCACGGUUUCUUGGAGGACUCAACCGUGAGAUACAAGACAGUGUGGAGAUGCAACACUACUUGGAGAUGGAGGAGAUGCUACACAAAGCCAUUCUAGUGGAACAACAAGUAAAGAGAAAAGGUCACUCUCGAGGCAACUAUGGAACUAGAUAUCAAGGUGCUAAGGAAGAUAAGCCAAGUCACCAGAAAGAGAGCAAGUCAUAUCAAAAGGAUGAGGACAAACCUACUAGUUCUUUCAGCAAGGAUAAAGGGAAAGCUGAAGCCUCUACUACAAGAUCAAGAGAUGUUAAGUGUUUUAAGUGCCAAGGAAGAGGACACUACGCUAAUGAAUGCACCAACAAACGUGUGAUGAUCCUUCAUGACAAUGGAGAAUAUGAAUCUACUGAUGAGGAGACAGAGGCCGAAGAAGAUCACAGUUUAGAAGAGGAGUAUGUUGCCAACCCGGUCGUUGGAAGGUUGCUAGUUGCUAGAAGAACCUUGAGUCUUCAAAGCAAGACCGAAGAGAUGGAGCAAAGAGAGAAUCUCUUCUAUACUAGAUGUCUAGUACAAGGAAAGGUCUGUAGUCUUAUUGUGGAUGGAGGCAGUUGUGUCAACGUUGCGAGUGAGACUAUGGUUAAAAAGUUGGGUUUGAGGGUCCAGAAGCAUCCUAAACCAUAUAGGCUCCAAUGGCUCAAUGAAGAGGGCGAAAUGAGAGUCUCUACUCAGGUUGUAGUUCCUUUAGCCAUUGGUAAAUAUGAAGAUGAUAUUCUAUGUGAUGUGUUGCCUAUGGAAGCUGGACACAUUAUCCUUGGAAGGCCGUGGCAAUCAGAUAGACGUGUGAUACAUGAUGGGUAUGCCAACAAGCACACCUUUGAGUUUAAAGGGAGAAAGACAGUUCUUGUGCCUAUGACUCCUAAGGAAGUUCAGGUUGAUCAGCUCCAACUACAAAAGAAGAAAGAGAUUGAUCUACCCGCUGAUUCAACAAAGCAACUAAACUUCUAUGCCAAGUCUGGUGAUGUUAAAAGAUCUCUCUGCUCUAACCUCCCUAUUCUUUUGUUUAUCUAUAAGGAAUCACUCUUGACUACUACUGAUAUUGCACCGGAGUAUCCGAGUGAACUUGUAUCUCUUUUGCAGGAAUAUCAAGAUGUUUUUCCAGAAGAUAGUCCCAAAGGACUACCACCAGUGCGAGGGAUUGAACACCAAAUUGAAUUUGUGCCUGGUUCUACACUUCCCAACAGGCCAGCAUACAGAACCAAUCCGGUUGAGACCAAAGAACUACAAAGGCAAGUGGAGGAACUGAUGGAGAAAGGGCAUAUCCGAGAGAGCAUGAGCCCUUGUGCUGUUCCAGUACUGCUUGUGCCCAAGAAAGAUGGGAGCUGGCGCAUGUGUGUUGAUUGUAGAGCAAUCAACAAUAUAACAGUGAAGUAUCGCCAUCCUAUUCCUAGAUUAGAUGAUAUGCUUGAUGAAUUACAUGGUUCAUGCAUCUUUUCUAAGAUAGAUCUAAAGAGUGGAUAUCAUCAGAUUAGGAUGAAAGAAGGAGAUGAGUGGAAAACUGCCUUUAAGACUAAGCAUGGGUUAUAUGAGUGGUUAGUUAUGCCCUUUGGAUUGACUAAUGCACCUAGUACUUUCAUGAGAUUGAUGAACCAUGUGCUUAGGUCCUUUAUAGGUUUGUUUGUGGUAGUUUACUUUGAUGAUAUCCUAAUCUACAGUCAGAGUCUAGAAGAGCAUAUAGACCAUCUUAAGACUGUUCUUGAUGUGUUGAGAAAAGAAAAACUUUAUGCUAAUCUUAAGAAAUGUACAUUCUGCACAGAUAACUUGGUCUUUUUAGGUUUUAUUGUGGGUGUAGAUGGGGUUAAAGUUGAUCCGGAGAAAGUAAGGGCUAUACAAGAAUGGCCAAUCCCUAAGACCGUGAGUGAAGUAAGAAGCUUCCAUGGACUUGCUGGCUUCUAUAGGCGCUUUGUGAAAGACUUCAGCACCAUUGCAUCUCCCUUGACUGAAGUAAUCAAGAAAGAAGUCGGAUUCAAGUGGGGAGAAGCACAAGAACUUGCUAUCCAAUGCCUUAAAGAGAAGCUUACUCAUGCCCCUCUUCUUAUACUUCCUGACUUUCAUAAAACUUUUGAAAUAGAAUGUGAUGCCUCAGGAAUUGGUAUUGGUGCUGUAUUGAUGCAGGAGAAGAGACCCAUUGCAUACUUCAGUGAGAAGCUUGGAGGAGCUACCCUCAACUAUGCAACUUAUGAUAAAGAGCUGUAUGCCUUGGUGAGAGCCUUGCAGACUUGGCAGCACUAUCUCUGGCCUAAAGAAUUCGUCAUACACACAGAUCAUGAGUCUCUCAAAUACCUCAAAGGACAGAACAAGCUCAGCAAGAGACACGCAAGGUGGGUUGAGUUCAUUGAGACAUUUCCUUAUGUCAUCAAGUAUAAACAAGGUAAGGAAAACAUAGUUGCUGAUGCACUAUCCAGAAGGUAUGUUCUCUUGAACACUCUUGAUGCUAAGCUAUUAGGAUUUGAGCAGAUUAAAGGAAUGUAUGAGAAUGAUCCUGAUUUUAGAGAGGCUUACAAUUCUUGUGAGAAAUUGGCUGUAGGACACUACUUUAGACAUGAUGGUUUUCUUUUCUAUGAUAAUCGAUUGUGUGUGCCUAACUGUUCUUUGAGAGACUUGUUUGUUAGGGAAUCUCAUGGAGGAAGUCUCAUGGGUCACUUUGGUGUUGCAAAGACUCGUAAAACUUUGCAGGAUCACUUCUUUUGGCCUCGGAUGAAAAGAGAUGUGGAGAAACUAUGUGAGAGAUGUGCAACUUGCAAGCAAGCUAAGUCUAAGGGAUCUAUCCCGAUCCAUCCAGAGACGCAUCCUAGGAGUUCAUCACAUGGCUCUGAGAUUCUUGUUCAAUUCUUCUAA